UCCCACAUUCCAUUGCACCAUAAACACGUCAACAGUAGCUGUUUGUGUUCCAAAAGUAGGGAAAAUUUUCAUUUCCUUCUACUCAAUCCACUUACCACAGCAGCUAUACAAACAUAUAUACACACACAUACGCACACCUUAUGUGUGUGUAUAUAGUAUAUACAUACAUAUAUCUCACCGGCGGCAUUCAACACACAGAGUCUGUGACUGUACCCUUCUCUCUCUCUCAAGAUUGGUGGAAUCGUUAUAUGCUGUCGUUUUCAGUUGGUUUGAAUUCUCUCUUAUUGAUUAAGCGUCGCUUCACUUUCCCUUCUUUCACUAAACUCCUCGAUCGUUUGGUGUUAAUUUCAACCUCCAAAUAGCUGAAAAAACCCAAACAUUUUCUUGGACUCCAAUCAAAACCUCACCGCAAAAACUCAUGCAUUUUCCCGGAAAAUCAUAAUUCCCGCUUUUCUUCGCGUCCAAUCACUGUAUUUCAGUUUCUUGAUCUAUCGUCUCUCCAAUGGGAAACUGCUUUGGAAAGCUCAAGAAAUCAACGGCCGAGAUCGCACCAUCAGACUACGUCAAAGGCUCUCCCACCGUCCGAUUAUACGGAUCACCACACAGCAAUCUCACCUCCUACAUCCGAUUCGCUCUCCUCUACAAGCCUCUUUCUCUCCACUUCGUCCCUUCCGAAACCCCCGAUUUCGGGUCCGAAUCGCCGGUUCUCCAAUUCGGAUCCGAAUCCGUUUCCGGAUCUCUCCAAACCCUAGUUCAGUACAUAGAAUCGAAGUUUCCGAACCCGCCGUUGAUGAGCUACGGGAGUCGGUACGACGAUAAGACGCCGCCGGUGGCGGCGGCGGCGGCGCUGCAUCACCGGAGUAUGGUCUGGCAUGUGGAGAGGCUGGUGAGGUGGGCGGAUGACUUGGCGGUUCGGGGAGGGAAGGCGGGAGGUAAUCCGGCGGUGGGGAGUCCACGGAUGGAGGUGAGGAAGUUUGGGCGGAGUUACUCGCAGCUGUUGGAUUUGAUGCUGGAGCACGCUCAGAUGGAGGAGAUUAUCGUCUUUCCAAUCUUGGAAAUGGCUGAUAGAGGACUAUCUAAAGCUGCAAAUGAGGAACAUGCAAGGGACUUACCCAUCAUGAAUGGGAUCAGAGAAGACAUCAAAUCCAUUGGAGUUCUGGAUUCUGGGAGCCCUGUAUACCAAGAGGCCCUCUUCAACCUUUCUACUCGACUCAAAACUUUACAGGAGCAUUGCGUGGAACACUUUGAGGCAGAGGAGAGAGACCUACUGCCAUUGCUGGAGGCAGCAGAGUUAAGCGCAGAACAACACGAGAGGGUACUGGAGCAGUGCUUGGAUGUGAUGAAAGGCACACACUCAAACCUGUUUCGCUUUUUCAUUGAAGGCCUCCGCCCUCAGGAUGCCAUGCAGUACAUGGACUUGAUCAUCAGAUGCAGUGACGAAGACCGAGUGUCCUCAAUGUUCCGCAUGCUCCUUGAGUCAUGAUUGAUCCAAUACCCACCCGCAUGAGUCAUGAUUUAGUACUACAUUCUCAUUCUGAUUAGUCAUUACUAAUGACAUACAAAAUGCUUCCUUUUCAUCUUUGCUAUCAACUGAAGCAAGAAAGAUAGUUUUGCUUCUGCUUUACUCUACUUUUGUGGCAUGUGGGUACCGUGUUGAGUCUGUAUCAUUUUAAGAGAGGGACAAAAGAUUUAGUAGGGUUUGAUAUAUUACUAGAAGGAGAAAAAAUUUGCAGGACAUCUGUGUUGAUUUCUGUAAAUGCAGGGAAAAAAAAAAUGAUAGAUGUAAUAAUGUAAAUGUACCUCCUUAGUUUUACAGGGAAAUAGUAGUCACACAAUUUGCCUUUGGCUAUCACCAACUGUCUGUCUUUGAAAGUACAAUUUGCCUUUGGCUACAACCAAUGUUGUGUCUUCUGCUUAUCUUGGUUUUUGGUUUUGGUUAUCAUUACUUUUGAACAAUGGAGUUAUUUUCUCUUGUUAUUUAACUGAAUAGAUAGGGAAAAAGAAAGAAUUCAUAAUUUGAUAUUGUUUCAUGAACAAAAACCAAAAAAAACAAUUAAAGAGUGGUGAUAUAUAAACUAGUGUGAAUAACUAUGGAAAAAAUAAAUAAAUAAAUAAAAAAUAAAUAAAAAAAUAAAAAUUUGACAUUAAGACAGAUUUCACGAUACUUUCAACCCUUAAAAAUUUGA